AGGAAGGGUUAGCAAGAACAGAGGUUGCUUUUUCUCGUCUCAAGCUACCGGCCAUCAACACAUUCAGUGGAUUAAAGUAGACAUUUAUUUCCCUUUGGAUACUGAAUAUUAUUAUUGGGAAGUUUCGGAAUAAAGAAGCCGAGGCACGAUACUUAUAAAUCCAUCUAGAGAAGAGCUACAACUUGGUGGGAGCGUCUAAUGUACAGAACGAAACGGAAGUAACUUGCCAGCUGUCUGGCCAAGCUCCGAGUGUCUGAAUGCCAACUCUGUGGGUGAUGGAGUUGAGCAGGCAACUCUGUGGGAAGAUGAGGAGAUCCAGUAAGAGGGUCCAACUGUCCUCUUCUCCUUCUUCCAUUCGGGGCUUGGAAAUCCACUUUUACACAGAGGAGGUGCAACCGAUAGAGUACUUCAAAGGCUGCUUCACCGCAUUGGAGCUCUGUGUGGAGGCUGCAAAGAAAUGCUCAAUCUCUCCCUUGUGCCAUAACCUAUAUGCCCUUUACGAUGAGACAACUUGCACAUGGUACCCCCCCACCUUUGAGUUCACCAUCACAGAUGAAACCAGUGUCAAGUUGCACUAUCGCAUGAGGUAAGAAGACGACACUGGAGUUUUCAAUCUUCCAUUUAACUUCAUUAAGUGGCGUCUGUCGCUCAGUGGGUAGUGUGCUGGACUUCGAAUCA